AUGCACGCUCUCCAGCCCUCCCUCGAGGCUCGGCAUCUGUCGCCGGCCGACAUGGCACGAUGGCCCGGGUUCGUUGCUUGGAGCGGGAACCCGAACCCCACCACUCGACUGCAGCAGUUCGCGAAAGCCAUCAUGGUGAUACUCCCGGUGCUCGCGUGCAUCUUUGUCGGCCUCAGGAUAAUAAUGGUGCCGAUGACGGUGUCGAGUUACAUGUUCGCCAAAACGACCUACAUCGGCGUUCACAUCCGGUACAUCCCACCGAUCGACGCCAUGGAGGCGCGCCGCUGGGACUAUCUGAGCCAAGUCUUCUACCACCCCAUCCUGCCCCUGGUCAAGACAUCGAUGCUCCUCUUCCUCCUGAAGCUGGGCCGCCAAAAGCCCGGCAUGAAGCACGCCAUCCACGCGGUCAACGCCCUGAACCUGGCCGCCAUGGUGGCCACGACCCUGACGGCCACGCUCCAGUGCCUGCCCGUCCGGCGUUACUGGGACCCCCGCGUCAGAGGGAGCUGCAUCCCGUCCAUCGGCCGCUUCUACAUCUCGGCCGCGGCCAUCUCCAUCUUUACCGACGUCCUGGUUCUGGGGCUGCCGUUCUGGGUCUUUCUGGAUCUGCAGAUGGCUCGCAAGCUCAAGAUUGCCGUCCUGGCCGUCUUCUGCUUCGGCUCGCUAGUGACCAUUGUGAGCGUGGUCAGGCUCUAUUAUUUCUACCGGCUCUUUUCCGAAAACCCCUUGGAGGUCCAGCGCCGGCUCCGGAACCCCGACCCGAGCUACAACAUCGCCUUCGUCGUGUCCAACCUCGAGACGAGCCUGGCCAUCAUGUGCGCCUGCGUGCCGGCCCUCAGGGGGCUGGCCCGCACCUGGUUCCCCGGCGGCGGCUCGGCGGCGGCGGCCCGACCGGCCUGCGGCGACCGCUACACCCUGACCAGCCUCACCUCCUGGUCCCCGCUCCACCACGCGCUCGAGGCCGGCCGGGUCAGCCGCUCGCGCCGGCGCGUCAGCAACACCCCGUCCCGCUUUUCUCUCAGGGCCGCCGGAGAGGGAGGAGGAGGGGGGAGGAGGGGGGGCCCGCCGGCUCGGAACCGUCGGGACCUGCUGCAAAUCGGAGAAGCCGGGCACGGCCGGAGACGGCCGGACGUCAGUGAGACCAGAUCGCUGGAUGGGGCAAGCACCAUUGUCUGCCAGACGCAUAUCAGCGUCCGGUAUGAGCGGCAGUCCAAGUCGCUCUCCGUCACCGACACCGACUCGGAACUCACAAUGGUGGAGGGUGUCGUGAGGGCUCCUCCACCUGCCAAGCUCGAGGAGCCCGAGGACAAGGGCAUGCGAACUUGCAUGAGCAGCGACUUUGAUUCCUAA